AUUAAACUACAUCACAAAGUAUAUGGACAAAGUUCACUAGACAAAUUUCAUCCUAUUUCAUCGAAUGGUUUAUCAACAGAUCCAACGGAUGAGAAUAAAGAUAAUUCGGGUGUGUUAAAUGAAAGUGAUAUACUACUUGAAACUCCUGAAGCUUUAGCCCUGCAGAAAACACAAGCUGAACUGCGUACUAAGUUGAAAAAUCCACCGACACGAACGAAAGAAGUAAAGUCUCUUCCAAGAGGGCCAUCUCAACAAAUUGAAACUCGGAGUAAAGAUGGUCGCCGAAGAAUAACACCGAAAUUCUUAGGUCAUUUAGACAGUCCUGAUGAUGACGGCAACUCCAAUCCUCAGUUCACAUCACCACAGCCUAGUCGAUCAGAAAGCAAAUCCAGUCUGGAGAUAGUUUCCGAUUCAGCUUCAGAUUCAAGUAAAGCGGUGAAAACCACCACGUCAUCAACGAUAGUAACAGCAGCAGCAGCAGUAACAGGCAUGAUAAGUGCAACAACGAUGACAACAACAACCACAACAGCAACAGCAACAACAAAUACUACUAUUAUUACUACUACUACUAGUAGUACAACUAGUACAACUAACACUACAGUUCCUAAAACUGUAACAAGCGCUUCGAAUUCAUCAGGUGUUACAGUUGUGGCAGUCAAUGGGACUACUGGCACUAAUAGUAAUAAAAAUAACAGCAAUAAUAGUAGUAGUAAUAUUAAUAAACAACCUACUUCACAAGUUAAUCAUCCCUCUGUGUCAAAGAAUACUACAAUUGAAACAAAGCGUGGUGAUGAAACAGUUUCAGUAUCGAAUACUGAUGUAUCAUUGAACCAAAAAAAUGUUUCCUCGAAAACUGUUCCCAGUGGAGUACAAGCCCCAUCUACAACAACGAUACCACCACCACCACAACAACAGCAACAACCUCUCGUGUCGAAAAAGUCAUCAUCAGAAUCUUUAGAACAAGAAAUCGGUAUUGAACAGAAACGUGCUCGUCUUGACACUAACGACAGCGAGCCACCAGCUCAAGUAGACAAUGCUAAAUUGAUUAGUGAUGAAUCUGCGAAAGUGAACCCGUCUAGUAAACAGAGGAAACGACGUGUUCGACUUUUUACUGAAGAAGAAAAAUCACCGAAAUCUGGAGCUGAGGCUACUUCUGCUUCUUCUAAGUCAUCUGCUGUACAGAAUAAUAAAAAGGUAUGCUUCUCACCUGAGUCAUCACCGCAGCAAAAGCCGAAAUCCGUCACUAUAUCUAUUCCAGAACCGACCGAUAAUAUAUCAUCGACCAUACACACUGCAUCGACAGUUUUUACAAACCCUCCACCAUUUAUUAUCACUACUCCAGAUCAAUUGGCCAGUGUACCAAAAGUUCAGUUUGUCUGUUCAAACUUAAUAGAUGGACCAAUUGUUGUACAGUUGAUAAACUCCUCAUAUUCUUCUUCGACAUGUAGUGAAGAAGGCACAAAAAUGCCCGCCUCAAUAUCAAGAAUAUGCGCUAAUCGUGGUGACCGCCGUUUAUGGGAACUUGUCUCGUCUGAUCGUCUUACCUCUUAUGCUUAUUCAGAUGAAGUUAUUGUUGUCGGUGAUAGUAAAGGUCGGAUACAAUUAUUGUACAGCACUGGUGGUCGUAUCUGUCCUAAUCUCUUAUUGGAUUCUGUGCAUACCUUAGUAUUGACAAAUGAGACUGCUGAAACUGGCCAUUUAUCCACAUCAUCAUCAUCAUCCGGAAAGUCGGCAGAAUCAUCAGGCAGUAAUAAUAAUAGUCAUCUUAGUCGAUUACAUGCAGUUGUCAGUGGUAAUGAACAACAACAGCAACAACCACCACAACGUACAACUCUUCCGCAUAAUGGAGGCCCUAUUGGCGCCACUAAUGCAUUUAAUGGCAACAAUAACAAUAUCAAUAAAUUCAAUAUGGCUCGUAAAUAUCGACUAGCUGCUUUAUGCCGAUCUGGAAGAUUAAUCAUAUGGAAUUUUUCACUGACCAAUUCUGGUUUAGGUUCAGUGUCUAGUAUAUUCAAUGCUACUGUAUUUCCACAAAUACUUGUCGAAGCAAAUAUUAAAGAUAUUUUAAAUGGUGGUCAUAAUUCUCGAUUUAAUUCUUUAUCCUUUGGUCCAAAUGGAUAUCCUGUUGUAUAUUUACAAGAUAAUUCAUCUUACUUAUUCCACAUAGAAAGUCGUAUUUGGAUUGAAUUGUUUGAUGCUUCGGAUACAGCGCGUUAUCAGUUCGCUGUGAACGUUGCACGUGGUUCGCCUCCAGGUCCAUUAUCUGCUUGUCAACAGUUGAGUAAAAUAGUCAAUAGUGGAGGGAAGUUGACCUCUUCCACUGGUUCAAAUUCAAGUCUUAUUUCUGCAUCAUCAAGAAGAAUUUCAAAUCAGAACUUCCUUGAAUCUCAAACACAACUUGCUCUUGCAUUUGGAUCUUCAAAUGAAUAUCGUUACUGGCUAACAAGAUGGUUCCGUCAGCUUAUUGAGGAUAUUUCAAUGUGUUCAACAUCUUCAACAGAUGUAGUUGAAUUCUAUGACUAUAAUGAUAAUGAUAGAGUUCUGAGAGUCUCUCCUAAAGUAACUGUGACUGACAUGCCAAAUGGUCCAGUAAUUUUUAUUGUUCUCUUAUCUGAACAGUUCAGUUGCUAA